AUGCCUGUGAUGAAGGGAUUAUUAGCACCGCAGAACACGUUUCUGGACACUAUAGCCACACGGUUUGAUGGCACUCACAGCAACUUCAUCCUGGCCAAUGCCCAGGUGUCGAAGGGCUUUCCCAUCGUCUACUGCUCUGAUGGCUUCUGUGAGCUCACGGGCUUCUCCCGGGCCGAGGUCAUGCAGAAGAGCUGUGCCUGUAAGUUCCUGUACGGGCCAGAGGCCAGCGAAAGCAUCAUCCUCAGCAUUGAUGAAGCCCUGGAGGAGCGAAAGGAGUUUAAAGAUGAGAUCAUGUUCUACAAAAAGACAGCUGUUCUGUUCUGGUGCCUGCUGGACAUUGUGCCAAUUAAGAACGAGAAGGGAGACGUGGUGCUCUUUCUGGCUUCAUUUAAGGACACCACCGACACUAAAGCCAAAGCCAUCCAAGGGGACAAGAAGGAAGAGCGACGACGCGGCAGGGUGAAAACAGGCUCUCCAUUCAGCUCAGCUCGUCUGCGGAGCAGCACGGUACUCUACCACAUCUCGGGUCACCUGCACAGCAGAGAGAAGAGCAAGAUUAAACUCAACAAGAAUGUGUUUGGGGAUCCACCUGCUCUGCCAGAGUACAAGGUAGCAGAUGCCAAGAAGUCCAAAUUCAUCUUACUUCACUACAGUACGUUCAAAGCUGGUUGGGAUUGGCUGAUUUUACUUGCCACGUUCUACGUUGCUGUGACGGUGCCCUACAAUGUGUGCUUCAUCGGCGAUGAUGACGACCUGACCCGCAGCACGACUGUCAGUGAUAUUGCUGUGGAGAUACUGUUCAUCAUAGACAUUGUUUGUAAUUUUCGCACAACUUAUGUCAGUAAAUCGGGCCAGGUGAUCUUUGACGCUCGGCAGAUCUGCAUCCAUUACCUGACCACAUGGUUCAUCAUCGACCUGGUGGCCGCGUUGCCCUUUGACCUGCUCUAUGCCUUCAAAGUCAGCGUGGUGUCCGUGGUCCAUCUUUUAAAAACGGUACGUCUGCUCCGUUUGCUGCGGCUGCUCCAGAAGAUGGACCGCUACUCGCAGCACAGCACGGUGGUGCUGACGCUGCUGAUGUCCAUGUUCGCCCUGCUAGCCCACUGGAUGGCCUGCAUCUGGUACAUUAUCGGCAAGAUGGAGAUGGAGGCCAACGCCUACAACUGGGAUAUCGGAUGGCUUCAUGAGCUGGGGAAGCGUCUGGAGUCACCAUACUAUGCCAUAGGAAGUGUGAACGGGACCAGCAGCGGCCCCGCGAUCCGCAGCGUCUACAUCGCCUCACUCUACUUCACCCUCAGCAGCCUCACCAGCGUGGGCUUCGGCAACGUGUCGGCCAACACUGACAUCGAGAAAAUCUUCUCUAUCUGCGUCAUGCUUAUAGGAGCACUGAUGCAUGCAUUGGUCUUUGGUAAUGUGACAGCCAUUAUCCAGAGGAUAUACUCUCGCUGGUCCCAGUACCACACCAGAACCAAAGACCUCAAGGACUUCAUACGUGUCCACCACCUGCCGCAGAGCCUCAAGCAGCGAAUGCUGGAGUAUUUUCAGACGACCUGGUCGGUCAACAACGGCAUCGACUGCAAUGAGCUGCUGAAGGACUUCCCGGACGAGCUGCGAUCCGACAUUACCAUGCACCUUAACAAGGAGAUCCUGGAGCUGUCGCUGUUCGCCUCUGCCAGUCGCGGCUGCCUGCGCUCCCUGUCGCUGCACAUCAAGACCUCCUUCUGCGCUCCCGGAGAGUACCUCCUCCGACAGGGCGACGCACUCCAAGCCAUCUUCUUUGUCUGCUCCGGGUCCAUGGAGGUGCUGAAAGACGGCAUGGUGCUGGCCAUCCUGGGCAAAGGCGACCUAAUUGGGGCGAACCUGUCCUUAGAUGAUCGAGUGAUAAAAACCAACGCGGACGUGAAAGCCCUGACCUACUGUGACCUGCAGUGUGUUAACCUGAGGGGGCUGUACGAGGUGUUGGACCUGUACCCAGAAUACUCGCACAACUUCAUCCAGGACAUCCAGCAGGAUCUCACGUACAACCUGAGGGAGGGACAUGAGACGCACGUUAAGGCCAGACUGUCCACAACAGCUCUCGAUACUCAGUCUGGGGUGAAAAGGAAUGGACGAGUUGUCCAGGGCUAUCUGCCCAUCACGGAGGCACAGGAGGAACAUGACGAAGAUGAGGAGGUGGAGAAGGAGGAGGAGGAAGACGAAGCCAUGUCUGUGUCAUCGGAGCGGAACAAGGCUGGUGAACCUCGGGGACACAGGGGGAAGUCUCCGCUCAGCCGAUCCGGCCAGAAGACCGCGGGACAGCAGAGCUCCAGGACGUCUCAGAGAAAGAUCCAGGAAAUUACCCUCACUACCUUAGACCCGUCCAACCUCAGCCCCAGGAUAGUGGAUGGCACUGAAGACAUCGAGGGGACAGAGGGUUCCCUGGCUUUCCCUUUCUCCAACAGCCGAGGUUGUCCUGUCAAUAAACCAACCAGUGCCUCAGCAUCUGCCACAGAUACGCUGCAGAUCAGCACGGCAGAGUUAGCAGCUAAAGCAGAGGAGACGAGAGGACAACUGUGCCACCUCGACCAGCAGGUAAAUAACCUCGGGAGGGAAGUGGCCGACCUUGGACAACUCAUGAAGAGAAUGGCCCAACUCAUGGAGACCCUCGUGUCCUCAGCGCCACAACCUACACUAGUCUGCCCCACGCACUUCUCCCCGGCUCACAUCACAUACCUGCCCCAUCCUCAGGCUUACCCUUCACCAUCCUCUUCUCAGACUGCCUCCAUCUGGAUGGAUACGCCCAUCUCAUUGCCCUCUUCUCCCUGCACUGUCCCUCAGCAACAUGGUGCGAUGUUCCACGAGUACUCCGUCACACAUAGACCCCAGGACCUCCAGCUGGGGUACCCUGCUAUCCGCUGCUCAACUCCACCUCCAACUUGCAACUCAUCUCCCCUUCAACUACAGCCCGUCAUCUCAGAGCCUCACUCGCCUUCCUCACCUCUCAGCUCACCAGAGAUUUCCCACCAUAAAGACAGGGUUUCUGUCUGCUUCAGGUCAGAGGUACCGAGUCCACCUGCACAAGACGAGUGAGAUGAAGGCCCUCAUCGGAGCUCUGGGUGUUCUCAAACUGGACUCGGGGGCACCUACCACAACCCAACUAAGGGUUUGUAGCAGCCCUCCAUCUGAACUCUGCAGGACUUUUCCCCAGAUAUUUCUUUGGGAUAUGUUCCUUAACUGAAGAUCGAACUGAUCAACUGGGGUCCCCCAUAUCAUGGGAGGACGUUUGCAGAGAUGCAACCCAGAUUCCUUUUGUUUUAAAGGCACGUGUUUAAAAAUCUUGUUGCAUGAAAACAAGUACAGAAGGUUUAGGUGUGUUAGCUUUACCUUAUAGAAAUGUAGUGUUAGACAGGAUGUAGAGGUCUGGGUCAGUUGUGAAGCUGUAUGAUGGCAGCUCUGGGCACAGCUCACCCCUAAACCACGCCCUCCCCCAUCCCCUCCCCCCCGAUCUUGAGGCGGGAUUGUGCCAUAAUGGAGGACAAGAGGGAAACGGAGGAGAAGAAAGUUAUUUCUGUUCUCCCUUUGUUUUGCUUCUGGCUGGUGAUGGUUUCAGGUCGGCUGGGCUGGUUGGAGGAAGAGAAAGCAUCUUGAGUGGUGGAGGUGGGCUAUGGGGACAAAGAGGGGAGGGGUGGGGGCCGUUCACAUCCUUCCCCCCGACCGCCUAUCUUUGCCAUUUCCUCUCCUUUUAACCCUUCUUUGUUUGCGCUCUCAACCCACGCACGGUGCUCUGGAUUGCAUGAACCAGUGUGUGGCUGGUUACACUGGGAGCACAGUAUGGUGUGAGGAUGUAGAUGGGAUGCAUUGUGCUCUUUACCGCUGGCCCUCAGGGAAGGGGGGAUGGAGGGUGGAGGAAGUUGGUUAUGGAGGGGGUAUGUUAUGCCUUCAAGCAUCACAGCCCCUGCUGUCGUUUGUCUGCUUCUCUUUUCCAGUGCUUUUCUCCGCACACCUUCACUCUCUCUCUCUCUCUCUCUCUCUCUCUCUCUCUCUCUCUCUCUCUCUCUCUCUCUAUCUAUCUCCCUCUCUCCCCCCCUUCCUUCUCAAUCUAUCUCUUGCUCUCUGCAUGCCGUUCCAAGCCUUUUGAGUAGUGCCUGUAGACACACGUUAACAUGCUGCAUGUCACCCUGUGGAAAUCCAGCUUGCCAUUUAUCUAUCUAUUUAAAGGAAACGCGGUUCAAUCGUUUAGCUGAACCGAGCAUUUACUGAUGCAUAUUUAUUGGAUGUCGGCUCAGUUUAAACAACUGGGUGAUUUAGGCGCAAGGUAGUCGCCCCUGUUGUGAAGUGGCCUGGAGAAAAUUGCCAACUGCUAAAUUGGUUCAUGAUCCACGAUAGGGGCCGUUUCCCUGAUCGUCACCCAGGGUUACCAACUCUGAGAUCCAUUUUCUCAGCUGUUUAGAGCAAAGGCAAUAUUCCCGCAUAAAAGCACAAUAAGGAAAUAAAGACGCUUUUAUAUUUCUAUGAAUGUAUCAAUACUAAAGAUGUAUUUUUUUACCUCUAAGAAUGCAAGAGUGUAGGUUGGCAUUUAACGAUGCUACUGUAUAUGAGGUUAUGACCGUGGUGUCUGCUGGUACCAGUCAAUGCAAUCUUAAACCAGGAAACAAGGUCAGAACUCGCGUCCCUACAGAUCUACUGUUCUCUUUUGAAUUCAUGUAGGUUGGACUCGGCCUCUGUGCAAAUGGAAUGUACUGUAAUUACACAUCUUUUUCCCGUAACAUUUUGAUAUUAUUAGAUACAAAUAAACAUGUUAU